AAACUGACAAUGCUUGGGAGAUGAAGAUAGUGUGUAGCUGCUUCUGGGCUCAAGGAGGAGGAGGAGGAGAGGAAUCCACCAGCCGGCACGAUGAGAUCCAAGGCGCGGGCGAGAAAACUGCCCAAAAGUGACAGCGAGAUUGUAAAUAAUAUGUACGAGACCGACCCCGAUCUCCUUGCUGGCGAAAGCGCAGAGGAGGAAACAGAGGACAGUAUUAUGUCCCCCAUUCCUGUCGGACCUCCAUCACCCUUUCCCACCAGUGAGGACUUCACUCCCAAGGAGGGCUCACCUUAUGAAGCUCCCGUCUACAUUCCUGAUGACAUUCCAAUCCCACCAGAUUUUGAACUCAGAGAAUCUUCGAUUCCAGGGGCAGGGCUAGGGAUUUGGGCCAAAAAGAAGAUUGAAGUUGGGGAAAGAUUUGGACCCUAUAUGACAGUACAAAGAAGCACAUUAAAGGAAACAAACUUUGGAUGGGAGCAAAUUCUGACUGAUCCUGAGGUGACCUCCCAAGAGGGCAAUAUCAAAAAGAUUGCUGACGACCUGGGAAAUGAGAAAUUCUGCCUUGACACCAGCCAGAGUGGCGCUGGGAACUGGCUGAAGUACGUCCGCGUGGCCUGUUCCUGCGAUGAACAGAAUCUAGCCGUGUGUCACGUCAAUGACCAGAUCUAUUAUAAAGUUAUUAAAGAAAUUGAGCCAGGAGAAGAGCUCUUGGUCUAUUUGAAGGAAGGUGGUUAUUCCCUUGGGAACAUGGCGCCCAGCAUGGAAGAGGAGCACACGUUUCGCUGCGAGGACUGUGAUGAGCUUUUCCAGUCCAAGCUGGACCUGCGACGACACAAGAAGUACGCCUGUAACGCCGUCAGCUCCCUCUACGAGAGCCUGAACGACGAGAUCAAGCAAGAAGGGCUUGGAGAUGGACAGGUCUACGAGUGCAAAGACUGUGAGAGGAUGUUCCCCAAUAAAUACAGCCUGGAGCAGCACAUGGUAAUCCACACCGAGGAGAGGGAGUACAAGUGCGACCAGUGUCCCAAGGCUUUCAACUGGAAAUCCAACCUGAUUCGUCACCAAAUGUCUCACGACAGUGGGAAACGGUUUGAAUGUGAAAACUGCGUUAAGGUGUUUACUGACCCCAGCAACCUCCAGCGGCACAUCCGUUCCCAGCACGUCGGCGCGCGAGCCCAUGCCUGCCCGGACUGCGGCAAAACCUUUGCCACCUCGUCUGGCCUCAAACAACACAAGCACAUUCACAGUACUGUCAAACCUUUCAUAUGUGAGGUCUGUCACAAAUCCUACACGCAGUUCUCCAACCUCUGCCGUCACAAGCGGAUGCACGCGGACUGUCGCACCCAGAUCAAAUGCAAGGACUGCGGCCAGAUGUUCAGCACUACCUCCUCCCUCAACAAACACCGGCGCUUCUGCGAGGGCAAGAACCAUUACAACCCAGGAGGGAUUUUUGCCCCUGGUCUACCCCUAACGCCCACUUCCAUGAUGGACAAGACCAAGCCCUCUCCUAACCUCAAUCAUGCCAGCCUGGGAUUUAAUGAUUAUUUCCCAUCCCGCCCGCACCCGGGCGGUCUUCCGUUCUCUCCUGCCCCCCCAGCAUUUCCUGCCCUCACUCCGGGAUUCCCAGGGAUUUUCCCACCGUCUCUAUACCCCAGGCCCCCCUUGUUACCACCCACACAACUGCUCAAAAGCCCCCUCAACCACACGCAAGACGCAAAGCUUCCAAGCCCGCUGGGGAACCCAGCCCUUCCUCUGAUCUCUGCGGUGAGCAACAGCAACCAGGCCGCUUCGGGGGAGGAGAAAUGUGAAAGCAGCCUGGAAAACCCCUACCUGGAGAAGCUAAAAGCCAGGAAUAGUGACAUGUCCGAUGGCAGCGACUUUGAGGAUGUCAACACAACCACAGGCACCGAUCUGGACACCACUACUGGCACUGGUUCUGACCUGGACAGUGAUGCGGAGAGUGACAGGGACAAAACAAAAGAUAAGAGCAAACAGACUGAAAGCAAGCCAGAUUUUGUCAGCAGCUCUGUGUCCGCGAGCUCCACCAACAACACGAGUGAGAUCCCGCUCUUCUAUUCUCAGCAUUCCUUCUUUCCUCCCCCCGAGGAGCACCUGCUUCCUACCACGGGAGCAGCCAAUGACUCUAUUAAAGCCAUCGCCUCUAUCGCAGAGAAAUAUUUUGGGCCUGGCUUUAUGGGGAUGCAGGAGAAAAAGAUGGGUUCGCUCCCAUAUCAUUCCAUGUUCCCUUUUCAGUUCCUCCCUAAUUUCCCCCAUUCACUCUAUCCUUUUACGGAGCGCACCCUCAAUCACAACUUGCUGGUCAAGGCAGAACCAAAGUCACCCAGGGACCUCCACAAAGUUGGCAGCACCAGCUCCGAGUCACCCUUCGAUCUCACCACAAAGCCAAAAGAGAUUAAGCCAAUCUUGCCACCACCUAAGGUCCUGCCGGCCCCAACCUCAGGGGAAGAACAGCCACUGGAUCUGAGCAUCGGCAACCGCAUCCGAGCCAGUCAGAACGGAGGGAGAGAGCCACGGAAAAACCACAUUUACGGGGAAAGGAAGCUAAUGGCGAGUGAAGUCUUACCCAAGAUUUCCCAGUCGCAACUGCCUCAGCAGCCGUCCCUGCAUUACGCUAAGCCAUCGCCCUUUUUCAUGGACCCCAUCUACAGCAGGGUGGAGAAGCGGAAGGUGACGGACCCUGUGGGUGCCCUAAAGGAGAAGUACCUGCGACCCUCCCCGCUGCUUUUUCACCCCCAGAUGUCAGCCAUAGAAACGAUGACGGAGAAACUGGAGAGCUUUGCAGCCAUGAAGGCAGACACCGGCACGUCCCUGCAGCCCCUUCCGCAUCACCCCUUCAACUUCCGCUCUCCGCCACCCACGCUAUCCGAUCCCAUCCUGCGCAAGGGCAAGGAGCGUUACACCUGCAGGUACUGUGGUAAGAUCUUCCCGCGCUCAGCAAACCUGACAAGGCAUCUGCGGACACACACUGGAGAGCAGCCCUACAGGUGUAAAUACUGUGACAGGUCAUUCAGCAUUUCCUCCAACCUCCAGCGGCACGUUCGAAACAUCCAUAACAAGGAGAAGCCAUUCAAAUGUCACCUGUGUAACCGAUGCUUUGGGCAGCAGACCAACUUGGACCGACAUCUUAAGAAACACGAACACGAGAACGUUCCAGUGAGCCAGCACUCUGGAGUCAUCACAAACCACCUUGGGACCAGUGCCUCUUCCCCCAACUCGGAAUCAGACAACCAUGCACUUUUAGAUGAAAAAGAAGAUUCGUAUUUCUCUGAAAUCAGAAAUUUUAUUGCAAAUAGUGAGAUGAAUCAAGCGUCAACUUUAGCAGAUAAAAGGCCAGAAAUCCAGGAUAUCGAUGGCAAUUCCCAGUGUCACGGAUUAGCAAAUGAGAAAACAGAAGAUGUGGACGAUGAAGAUGAAGAACUGGAAGAGGAAGAUGAUGACAGCCUGACAGGGAAGUCACAGGAUGAAACGGUAUCGCCCACUGCAGAGCCCCGAGGAGCAUUUGAGGACGAGGAAGAUGAAGAGCCCACAUCUCUCACCAUGAGCUUUGACCACACUCGAAGGUGUAUUGAGGAGGACGAAGCCGGCUUGUUAGAUUUGGAGCAGAUGCCGAAUUUUGGGAAGGGGCUGGAUCUUCGCAAAGCAGCCGAGGAAGCAUUUGAAGUUAAAGAUGUGUUUAAUUCCACCUUAGACUCUGAGACAAUAAAACAGACUCUGUACAGGCAGGCUAAAAACCAGGCUUAUGCAAUGAUGCUGUCCCUGUCUGAGAACGCUCCCCUCCACGCGUCCUCCCAGAACUCUCUGGGUGCUUGGUUGGACAUGGCAGGAGCAGCUUCAGAGUCGGGGACCUUUAACCCCAUCAACCACCUCUGAGAGGUCACCAAGGCACUGGCCAGAGUCCAAGCGUGGAGGCGGUGGUGCUGCAAUUAUCCUAGCAAAAAUCCUAGCAAGCGGAAGACGGAUGAGAGGGCCUCAGGGAGUCGUCUGGACUUUUGGCUAAGAAGAAAACCUGUCACAUCCGACCUACAAGCCCUGCGGUUUCUUUUUCUCUCCAGAGUUUUCAUUUCUAAUUUAUCAGAACGAACCUCUCCAAAACUGGGUAACCCUGAUGUAGCCCUAGGAUUUCACAAUCUAUAGGAAUAGCAUGAACAAGACACGAAUUGCAACCGUGCAAUCAGAUAUUGGCCCCUCUCGCCUUACCGAACAGUAUCACCGAGCCUGUGAAGCCUGCGUGUAAUGAAAGCUUGAGACCAUCCGGUAGCGUUUCCUUUCAAUUCAGCUCAAUAGUGAAGUAAGAAGGAAAGAGAAGCCAGGGGUGACCUAUCCCUGGUGCAAUUCUGACAUGGCCACUGGAGUUCUACCAGGGAAGGGUAAAUUCAACCCAUUUAAUUGACCCCUCCAAAGAAUUUGAAGUUCUAUGCUCCCAUGGAAAUAUGUUCCUACCCUUUGUUCCCACCAGGAUGCGCUGGCACAGGGCAGAGCUUCCCGAACGUGAGCCCUGGUGCCUGCAGUCAUGCUUUUACACCACAUGCAGGGGCCCACUUGAGCAAUUCUCACCUUGGAGCGUUGUGGAGGUUGGGGUUAGCCAUACGUCAUGCGAAUUUAUGGUUCAGAAUCAUCUGCUGUGCCCUGAGUGCCCUCUGGCUGUGCCGUCGCUGCGCGGUUCAGAAUGUUUUCCAUCUCUGCUAGUGCCUGCGCCCAGACUGGAAGCAUCCAGAGUGUUUUGGGAGAAGCCCAACUCAGCGUGUCUGCUGGGGGGGUGGUGGCCCUCUGCCCUGCGUUCCUCGCUGCCAGAAGCACUUGGGCUUUCCCAGUCGGAGAGGUCCUGGUGAACUUCGGAGAGGCGUAGCUGCGUGUGUGGAAGCGGAGACGGUGGGCAAAGCUUGCCUUGAGAAGGGCGGUUCAGACACAUUUGAUUUAUCUCGCAGGGGUUUUUAGAGUGGCAUCCUUUCUGUGGUGAUGGUAUCUGGGAAUUGUGACAGAGAUUUCUGGCUGGUGCCAUUGUUUCGGUGUGCUGGGUGGUUGCUGGUCAUCCCACGCUGCUAUUUGGCCUAUGAUUUUAAGCAUGAAAAUUAAAAUCUCCUUGCUUCAGCAACCUCAGGGGUGUAGCCUACAGCACACAGCCAAGAAUCGCAUUGCCUCUCUGACUCUAAAAUUGCUCGCAGAUAUUUUAUGAGUGAUUUUAAAUCGCUUCAAAGUCUCAUCUUCUUUACUGAUACAAAGCAGCCUCCAGAAAUGUCGCGAUGUUGGCGCUGUUCUAUGUUGCAAUUGCAGUCUGCUGCCGUAGCAGGGAUUUUGCUGGUCCAGAAUAGUCAGGAAAGCAGUUAGACCUUGCAAAGGAUAGCAUUGGCUACACGGAUGAAAUUUAGGCUGUGGGGCCUGAGGAUUUUCUGAUUGCAGCAGCUAAAAAUUAGAGAAGCUGAGGACCUGACUGCUGCUAUCAUGAAGUGACAGCACGUCCCUCUGCGCCUCGCCCACUGCCGUUCUGCACCAGCAGCCUGGCCGUGUAAGGAGGGCAUCCCAAGCCAGGGAAGUCGGAGGAGCUAUUCCCAUUAAUUUUAGCAUAUUUUAGUGCUGGGGGUGCUUCUAGUGUGUAUUGGAUCAGGUCAUAACCUCCUGCAGGGCUGGGUCCUCGCUGAUGCCAGAGACGCUGCCUGCAGCAGUCGGUGUAUCCGCCUGUAAGCAUCGGACAGGCGUAGCCUCUCCACCUGCUUGGUGUAGAACAGAGCAGACCAAGGCUUCUGUGCCAGUGCAGUGCAGAGAAACACCACGGUGAAACCUCAUUCCAGCAGGCUGAAGUGAAGGAAACAGCUACUUCAAUAAAGCAGGGGUGGUGUUAGGGACGAUGCCUUUGCAAGUUGCUCUCUGCAUCCGAGAGCGCACGUGGGGCUGCUUUUAGAUAGCUCAGACUGUCCAAGGAGGAAAGCAUCUAGAGUAGCUUUGGUACAGGAGGAACAGAAGGCAAAUGAGCAGCAUCAGCCUGUUUUUCAAGACAAUUUACCCUUCCUUUUUGGUUUUCCACAACGCCCUGUGAAAGUGCCCAAGGCUCUGAGACCAAUGGUCAGCGUAACCCCAACUGCUUCAGAUAUUUGCACAAAGCUCAUGGGUAAAUAGAGCCCAAGAGCUGACAACGUCAAAAGAAACCAGGCUCUAAGAAGGAUGGGACGUCCCCGUCCCAGCACAUCUGCCUCUGCCGCUGCUGCAGUUCAGCCCUGCCAGGCGCUUGGCCUUUAAAUUAUUCCUAAGGGGCCAACUGAAAAUAAUAAAAGAAUUGUUUCUUUUCCUGAUGGAAUUUAUUUUAAUCUGUAUAUAACUUGUAAUUUUUUGCUAAUUCUUUUCUUAUUUUAUUUCUUCCUUAACAGUAUUUUUUGCAUUAGAUACCAUUCUUGUGAAGAAAUAAUGUUAAUAUAAGUCUGUAGUGAAGGACCAAAAUUGUGUAAUUAAGGUUGUAUGUUGUAUGAUUGGUAACCAGGGAGUAGGAAGAUGUCCAUGUGCCAAAUGACCCUGCCCGACCCUGCCAGUCUUGCUGCCGACUCUCCAGACAAUCAUAUGUUUUUGUUACGUUUGCCUUUAAGUGACCAUUGCACCAGGCGCAGGUUUCUAUUUAUUUCCUUGGCCGGGUGGGAAGUGAACGCAGCCUCGAGCAGCGAGCGAGCAGCCCCUCGCUGGGGCCAGACGAAGACCCAGGAGCUGGCGAGGGGGCCGGCAAGUGAUGAUGCCACCGUGCUGCUUGUCCCACCAGCAGCCCCUGCUGCCCAGUGGGACUGAGGGAGCUGGGAGAUAACGACGUCUUCCCUGGGUGGGAGCAGCCAACAGAGCCGGGGGCCGGCAGGUGACUCUGCUGAGGGGACACAGCCUGGCAGAGCUGCAGCAGUGUUGAAUCGGUGGUGGACUCGCUCUUCGCAUCAGCAGGGUCUCACGUCCGCGCCCUGCCCCGGGGAAGCCUCCAGCUUGCAAGCCCUGACCUGCAGGCAGCCGCCAGCCUCGCUGCCCAGCGCACACACACAGAGACUCGUCCUGCGAGCGCCCAUCGCUGCCAGCCUGGAGGAACACUCGCCCUGAUGGGACUGGCCAACCCUGCGGGUUCCCAGACCCUGCUCCGGGAGAGCGUGGAAACAGCCUGGCCUUAAGCUCAGAGGGAGGUUGAGCUGGCUCGUUACAGCAUCGAAGGCUGAGCUGAGCUCCGUGGCUCCUGGCAGCUGCUUGGACCAAACCAUCCAUCUGAGCAAGGACCGCAGCAGCGUCCGCCUUCUUGGAACAAGACCCAUGGGUGAUAGUAAGUGUUUGCAUGCCCUGACCCGAUGCUGUGUUCACCAUUGAUGCAAUCUUUGAAGAGGUCAGUGUUGCGCCGCUCAGUACGAGGAGGUGCCGGAGCAGCAGUGAGCCGGGCUCCAAGAUGUGGGCCAAGCACUGAGAAAUGCAAAUGUUCCUGUGGGGAUUUAUUAGGGGUAUUCAUGGUCUUCCCUUCAGUGUCUCAGCCUUCCUGCCCCUCCCGUUGUUUGUCAGCAGCUCUAACCCGCCUGGGCUCACGCAGGGCUGUCCUGCUGCUCUGCAGGAGCAGGGCUCCGCGUGUGACGCGGUGCUGCCCGAGGAUGGGAGGUACAAUCCAGCCAGGGAUUAAGGACAUGAAAAAGAGAGGUUUUAAAAUCAUGAAAUGAUUUUUUUUUUCUUUUCAUAUUCCCUAAUCCAGUUUUCUUCUCAUUCUCUCUAGUUAGCGUCUCUGUUGUAGGACCUCCCGACUCCUCUAAUUUAGCACUGAUUACAAGUUUUAAUUUUUCCAUAGAUAAAUAAACAGAAAGCCUCACUGAAUCGCUAUUUAUCUUGCAGCUUUCAUUCAAUUGCACUUAAAAAGUGUUGCAGCUCAUAGCGGAUGUUUAGGUUUUGAUUUGCUGUCGUAGACAAAAGCAACCCCUUAUUUUGAAGGAUGUUUCCCGAGAGGUGUGCGUGUUGGGGAAGGUUCUGCCAUCGGAGCACCCCUUGCUUCCCGGUGGGAUCCCUUUAGCUUGGAUGGGGCAUGGAGCUGUUGUGCUCGAGGCCAGCUGACACCGACACGUUGUGCUCGGGAGCCGGGAUGCUGGCGCCAUGCGGCAAGGUGUGGGUUGUGGUGACUGGAAUGUGGCCCUGCCGUUUGUUGGGAAGCCAGGGAACCACUCGAGGUGGAAUUUAAACCAAGGAUCUUUGUGUAGGACCUAUUUAUUUAAAGUAUUUUCACAUUUCAUAGCCAUAGUGCCACAACAGCAAGGAGGUGGGAACAGGAGAAGCCCUGUGGAUGUUUUGUAUCCCUGGAUAAGGUUGACUGUUCCAGGCUGCUCAGCGGUGCCGAAGCUGCACCCAGAAGGGUCCUUGCAUCCGCCGAAUGCAACUUUGACCACAGGUAGAUCUUUCUUUCCAAGCUAGUUAUGGGGGAGGAAUCAGGACGGAGGGCUGUGUGUUCCCUCCUCUCCCCUGCCUGGGGGUCGCUGUGGUCGAUGCAGAAGGUGCCGUGGUGCCAGGUUCUCCCGCAGGGCGUGCCAGGCACGCCUGCUUUGCUGUUGGAUGCGCUCAGGGCUUGGUGCUGGGCUGCUCUGAGUGCUCGCCUUUAAAACGCAUCUCCUGGCAGCCGGGUCCUGCGCCUCCGGCGUGGCAGCAGAACCCUGCUCGGCAGGAGCAGCCGAGUGCCAGCAGCAGAGCCAAACCCAACGGGGCCAAACAAGCAGCCAGGUUCGCUCAACCGCAUUCCAGGACAAAACACAGAGCUUGGUUUCUGUCUCGCUUAACCCAGACUAGCGGCAGCUUUCGCAUUCUCCCUAAUCAGCACUUAGACUUUCUCUUGAAAAACGGCUUCUUUUCCACUUCAUACGAAGCGUUUUGAAAAGCACUUGCACAUGACGCGAACGUGUUUAGACUCUAAGCAUCAAAGCACUGGAUCGUGAGCCCCCUCCCCUCCGCCGCCUUCGAUCUACUGACUUACGUUCAAGUUUUACGUGCUGUAUUGUGUGUGUGUGUGUGUGGCGGGGAAGGGGGAGAGCACCACGGGGUAGGAACCUGCCCGUUAGAAACGGGGCAGGGAGCAACGCAGCGCGCUCGGCUCAGCGCUGGCAACGCGAGGGCAAAACCCCUCUGCUCCUCGGCGAUGGUCAGUAGUGGUUUCACAAAGCCAUGAUCCUUUUUCUCUGUAGUGUUGAGUGAUACUGUGAUUAAAACGUUAUUGAAUGAUUCCAAGGUUCUUUUUCUCUGUCCUUAACUCUUGUUACCACUUUGGGAAAAAAAAAAAAAAUAAUGAAAAAGAAAAAAAAAAUAAGGCAGCUUUGAUUUCCAAAUGUGCAAUUCACACGUGAACAAAGUAAUUCUGAACGUCAGCCUCAAUGUAUUUUACAUUCUCGUUGCUCUCUUCAGAGCAAGAGACAUUUUGCCCUGAUGUCAUUUCCAGCCUGCAGAAGAUGUAAUUUAAAACAUAUAUAUAUUGUGCUUGCAAGAAUCAUAAAUCUGUGCAUCCUAUGUCAUUCCUUUUCCCAUUGUUACAAUACAGAUAUGAUUUAGGGUUCGGUUGUUUUUUUUUUUUCCUUUAGAACUGUAUAGUGUUUUUUUAAAUCAAUUGUAAAUGUCUGGUUUUCAUAUAAUGUUUAAAAAACAUUGAGAAAGAGGAUGGUGCUUGUUCCAUAUCAUUCUUGAUUGUAUAUUGCUUCUGUUAUGUUUAUAAGUAAACUGUGCAUGACUUGUGUUUAGCGGUCAUUAUGGUGUCUGUUUGUGAAAUUUUUAUUAAAAAGAAACAAAUUCCGUAGAUGCACUUAUUGUAUAUGUGACUAGAUUGUGCGUCCGGGGCUAGAAGCCUCCAACUGCCGAGGAAGAGAAAAAGAAAAAAAAGAAGUGUUGGCAGUUAUUAAUUAAUAUGAAAUCGCUUUGUUUGGGAGCAUAAUGAAAUAAAAAAGAUAUGAAGUGUAGAAAAUAAUGAAGAAAAAAGCGAUUUUACAAAUUUCAUUUUGAUGCUUGUGAUAAAAGACAAAUGUACUUGUGUAGAGAAAUUCCUUUAAAAUAAUGAAUAGAAAAAGCUGAUUUUGAGGUUAAUGCUGUAGAAUAGGAAUGUAUACCAAAUGUAAUCUUUCCAAUGCUACAAUGAAUUUAUACAUGAGAUUGAUAUGCAAUAAACCUGUGUGCUUUUAUAAGCAAUGGUCCUGUGGGCUUUCUUUCUUGAGACAACAGCAGAGACUCCGGGAAGCGCUGCUACAGCAGGAACAAAAGGUAAAUGAGCAGCACAUAGCAGUGUGUUUGGAUGGAUUCCUCCUCGCUUCACCAACAGGUCAGUUGUGAAGGCACAGCAUGGGAAGCCCAGGAAUUGAGGGGAAUGGAACAGGAAUAGGAGCUUGGACAGGAGCAUUUGGAGGGGGGGCUGGUAGGAAGAACCAGUCUGACAAAAAAAUUAAGAUUUCAGAGUUCUUACAGUCAGCGAAAAUAGCAACUUUUAUUCCUCCUCUUCCCAAUCACCUCAGAACAGAAGGAAGCCACUCCUCGAUGUCCCUGCGGCUCGCCAGGCAGCGCAUCCUCUCGGAGAGCAGCAAGUGCCCAGUGUCCUUUGGUUUUCCAGGAGAAGGGGCUGACGUCCGGGGAGGCGAGGGCUGAGGCAGCACCCGGGCAGUCACCUUUUCUCCGAGAUGCAUCAUUCUCAGGGAAGGGUGAGAACAUUCUAGGGUGGGGGAAACAGGUCAGGACAAAGAACUGUCGAGCUGUCUAAAAAUGUCAGGAAUAUUUCCUUUCACAUCAGAGAGUCAGCGACUGCUCUAGUGAUAGCGGUCAGAUGUUUCAGCAGGGGCCCUGGGAGCAGAAAUGACUUGAAAGCAAGGUCUUUGAACUAACAACGUGCAUUACAAAACCGAUGAAUGGUCUCCACUUCAAAAAGUCAUUCAUCGUGAUCAAAUGAUGGUAUCCUACAUACAGCAUAACAGCCCUUCCCCAGAGUUUGCCAAGGAAGGGUUUCACUCUCUGCUGAACUCUUGAGUAGAAGCCUCUGCCUCUCUGCGAUGCUGGCAACCUUUCUCCUUAUUAGCCCCAGAGGGAAAGGGAAAAAAAAAAGUCUAUUGGAUAAGAAAGCUCUGAUAAUGGAGUGAUUGUCAGGCAGGCUUUGGAGAGAGGAGAACAGAGUCUUUCGAGAAUAUUGCUGACAAGUGGACUUUGUCAUCCAGAAAGCACUUGAGAUUCACCAUAAACGAGCAAGAAAAAGGCUCCAUUUGUAGGGAGGGGGAAAUCGGAGCAGAGGGCAAAAGAGAAGGUCAGGGAAGAGUUUGUUCCCAGUGAACACACAGAGGCUGUUGAGCCUGGCCUUAGUGGGCAGCUGCAGAACUGGGUGGCCGUCAACAACCUGACCCUUGGAUCCUCUUUCCCCAGCAGCUGCACCUCCCAACAGAGGGGGUGUGGUGCCAAAGCAUCACAGACAGGCCUUUCAGGGGCCUGGAGUGAUAGUGUGCGAUCUUGUUUCACCAUGGAAGUCAUGUAAGCUGCUCCAACAGCCUAUGUGUAAGGAACAGCCCCCAGUCUGCUGGACACGACGGUGUCUGGCACUGCUCAGGCCCUGAGGAAAGUCACCGCUGCGGCUGUUUAAUGAAAUCAUUAGAAUGUUUAGGUUGGAAGGGACCUCAAAGCCCAUCCAGUUCC